AUGCUUAGCAUUGGAGAACUUCUUGCCAACACACUCUCUGGCGGUAGGUUAUUCCCAUUCUCAAACUUGUAUCACGUCGUUAACUUUUCAGACCAGCAACUUCGGGAAGAUGCUUCCAGGCAACUCGAGCAAGCGCAACAAAGCAACUACCCGGUUUAUGUGAGCAUGCUCUGCACAGAGCUUCACAACGAGCAAGCUGCAUCAUAUAUCAGAAAUUCGGCGGGCUUAGCUCUAAAAAAUUCAUUAAUCUCUUCGGAGGCUUCGAGGAGAAAUGAAAUUACGCAACGGUGGUUGAAUAUGGACGAGGAAACCAGGCAACAAAUUAAACAAAUGGUUUUAACAACUUUGGGAUCAAGUGACCAGAGGGCUGCUGCCACCGCUGCUCAAGUUGUUUCGGCAAUUUCUGCCAUUGAACUUCCUGCGGGACAAUGGACUGAUUUGAUGAAAAACCUGUUGGAGAACGUUACCACGACUGAUAACAGUCAGCUUAAGAUAUCGACGUUGAUGGCUAUUGGUUUCGUCUGCGAAUCAAUUGAUUCGGAAAUUCUGGCAGCUCAAUCAGGUGCAAUUCUUACCGCUGUUGUGUCGGGAGCAAGGAAAGAAGAGCCCAAUCAAGAAGUAAGAAAGGCGGCGAUUGAUGCUUUGUACAAUUCUCUGGAAUUUAUUCGUGAAAACUUUGAUAGAGAGGGAGAACGUAAUUACAUUAUGCAAGUUGUAUGUGAGGCUACCCAGAGCUCUGAUGUUAACGUACAGGUUGCUGCAUUUGAAUGUUUGGUCAGAAUAAUGCAAAUCUAUUAUGAUAAAAUGAGGUUUUACAUGGAAAAAGCUUUAUUUGGCUUAACGGUCCUUGGCAUGAAACACGAGGACGAGAGAGUGGCGUUGCAAGCUGUUGAAUUUUGGUCGACUGUUUGUGACGAAGAGCUUGAGUUAAUGAGCGAAGCGGCGGAGGCACAAGAAACCGGGGAGCAGCCUGACCGCUUAAGUCAUAAUUUCGCAAAAGCCGCCUUGCCAGAAAUACUACCCGUUUUGCUCUGGCUUCUCACCAAACAAGAUGAGGAAGCAGAUGAAGAUGACUGGAAUGUUUCAAUGGCUGCGGGUACUUGUUUGGCUCUUUUGGCGCAAUGUGUUGAGGAUGCUGUUGUUGCGCCAGUGAUUCCGUUUGUGGAGAAUCAUAUCCGCCACAAUGAUUGGAGGUUCAGAGAAGCUGCUGUCAUGGCCUUCGGUUCAAUUUUGGAAGGCCCUGAGCACAAGUUAUUGGCGGGCCUGGUGAACCAAGCUUUGCCUGUAUUGAUAGAAAUGAUGCGCGAUCCAUCCCCACAAGUAAAAGAUACUACAGCUUGGACUCUCGGCCGUGUUUCGGAAUUACUGAUUGAAUGCAUUAAACCAGAUGUUCAUCUUCGUCCCCUUAUAACCGCGCUUGUAUAUGGAUUGAAAGAUUCUCCACGUAUUGUUUCCAAUUGCUGUUGGGCUUUGAUGAGUUUAUCCGAUCAAUUCGGUAGCAAAGAAAUUUCUCAGUCUGCGUACCAUCUAUCUCCUUACUUUGAAGGUAUUAUCACAGCUUUGUUGGAGACAACUGAGAGGUCGACCAAUGAGUCUAAUUCGCGAACGUCGUCUUACGAGUGCAUUUCUAUUCUUGUACAAGGCGCUGCAUUGGACUGCUUCCCAACCAUUCAAAAAUUAACUGUUACCAUUCUUGAUAGACUCGAAGCCACCAUUCAGGCCCAAAACCAAAUAGUGGGAAGCGAUGAACGUCUGGCUCACUCCGAACUUCAAUCGAAUCUUUGUAGCGUCUUGACAAGCAUCAUACGCAAGUUAAGGACGGAAGUCAGUCCUUUCGCCGAUCGAAUAAUGACCGUAUUGCUGUCCUUGUUCACCACCGCGACAAAACAUUCUACUACUCUUGAAGAUGGAUUCCUGGCCGUGGGAGCCGUCACAACUGCUAUGGAGGCUGACUUUGUUCGAUAUCUCGAGGCAUUCGCACCAUUCCUUUAUGCAGCACUGUCGAAUCACGAGGAAUAUCAACUUUGUUCAAUUGCGGUCGGGCUAAUCGGUGACAUAUGUCGCGCUCUUCAGGAACAAUCUUUGCCAUACUGUGACACGUUCAUGAACGUUCUAUUGCAAAAUCUUCAGAGUCCUGUAUUGAACCGAAGCGUAAAGCCUGCAAUCUUGUCAUGCUUUGGGGACAUCGCUCUCGCCAUAAGCGGACGAUUUGAGGUAUAUUUGGAAGUGGUGAUGAUGGUCCUCGCUCAAGCAAGUAACAUGCGUGCUACAGACGGUACUAAUUACGAUAUGAUAGAUUAUGUCAUUGCGUUGAGAGAAGGCAUACUGGAGGCAUAUGUUGGCAUUGUGCAAGGUUUAAAAACAGGGGAAAAAGCCGACUUGCUUUUGCGAUACAUCGAGCAAAUUUUCAGCUUCCUUAAUAUGACCUGGAAUGAUCAUGAAAAGACUGAGAUUAUUAUUCGUAGCAUGAUUGGCCUCAUCGGUGACUUAGCGGAAGCUUUCCCGAAUGGUCAGAUCAAACAAUGGUUCCAGUAUGAUUGUGUUACGCAGGUGUUAAAAGAAGGUCGAAACAAUAGGUCUUUACCAAAUGGAACAAGAGAAGUCACGCGAUGGGCUCGAGAGGUAUGUUCGACAAUUUAUAUCCUAUUUAUAUCUGUAAUAAUCGCACUUACAUUGUAUCAUUAUUUAGAUGGUCAAGCGAGCAACCCAGUAAGGUCGCAUUAUUCAAAUAUUGUGAACAUUGCACCACCUCUUACCUCAUAUCAUCAUGGAAGUGAAUCCCUGCAGAACAUUCGGGUCGAUUCUAUCAUGGCCAUCUUGCAUGAUGGAUCAGGAUGA